CGCAAUAAGCGUUGCACAUCACAAAUGGUGGAGAAGACGAUAGUAUACGUGAAGCUUUGUCGCAAUCAUACUUUAUAAUUCAUUUCUAAAUUCAGAAUUGAACUAAAGUCUUCAUUAAUAUCAAGAUAUUUGUCUUUUGUUCUAUACUAACUGCAUAAUGCAAUCUAAAGGCGAACAGAUUGGCUAGCCAGCGUUAGGAUCACAACCUUCUCAGGCUCGUUCUUUUCGCAGCGAACCCAGCAGAAGUUAAAGUACAACGCAGGUGUCUUUCUUGGGUCUUCACGAUGCCCACCGUGGUGGUGAUGGACGUGUCGCUGUCCAUGACGCGGCCGGUGUCCCUGGAGAGCAGCGAGGAGUUCCAGAGGAAGAACCUGGCGGUCCACGGCCUAACCAUGCUGUUCGAACACAUGGCUGCCAACUACCGCUUGGAGUUCACCUCCCUGGUUGCCUUCUCAUCUCUCUGGGAGCUGUUGGUGCCCUUCACACGGGACUAUAACACGUUACAGGAGGCGCUGAGUAACCUGGAAGACUAUGACAAAACAUGCAUUGAAUCAGCGCUCAAUGGAGUGAGCAACGUAGUCCAGCAGGAGUGGGGUAGUUCCUGUCCGUGUCAGGUGGUGCUGGUGACGGAUGGCUCUCUGGGUAUUGGGAAGGGUUCCCUACGUCAUUCCCUCCAAACACUGAAACAGCGCGCAGAUGACAAAAAGUUCCCCCUUCCUUUUCCUUUUCCCACCAAGAUGUUCAUCAUGUGUGUUGCCAACUCAGAGGAGUUGCAGACAACUGAUGCGAUGGACAACUUGGAGGAGCUGUUGCGUCUGAGUGGCGGGGAUGGGCAGAUCUUUACUAUGGAGGGGCAGCUGUGUCUGAAGAGUGUUCAGGCUAUGUUUGGGAGGCUCAUAGACCAGGCGUACUCCCCCUUCCAUGCGGUCCUGCACUGCGGCAACCUGUCCUCCGAUGUGCAGGUGUUCCCUCGGCCAGAGCCUGUGGUAGUGGACGACGAGGUGGACCCCAUGCCCAGGGUGGUCAACACAGACUUGGAGAUUGUGGGAUUCAUUGAGGUAGGGGACAUUUCAAGCCCCCCUGUCACGUCCCGACACUUGGUUCUGCCCAUCGCCGUGAUCAAAGAGGCGGAGGACGUCAGCACCGGUGCGGCGGAGGAGCCCGAGGAGGAGGUCUCCGCCAGUCAAAUGGCGGGAAAGAGUCCCAACUUCUGUGUCCUUUUGCACGGCAGUUUGAAGGUGGAGGGCAUGGUGGCACUGGUCCAGCUGGGGCCGGACUGGUAUGGCAUGCUGUACUCCCAGGCAGACAGCAAGAAGAAGUCCAACCUCAUGAUGUCUCUGUUUGAGCCCGGCCCGGAGCCUCUGCCCUGGCUGGGCAAGGUCGCCCAUCUGGGGCCAAUAUCUGAGGCGGCUGAGAACCCCUAUGGGGAGGACGACAGCAAGAGUCCAUUCCCAGUCCAACCCUCGAUUAAACGAAGCUAUGCUCAGAAUGUGACGGUGUGGAUCAAGGCUAGUGGAUUACAGACUGACGUGCAGAAGAUUCUGAGGAACGCCCGGAAGCUUCCAGAGAAGACCCAGACCUUCUAUAAGGAGCUGAACCGCCUGCGGAAGGCCGCCCUGGCCUUCGGAUUCCGGGAGCUUCUGAAGGGGGUGGGGGACCUGCUGGAGAGGGAGUGCACCCUGCUCCCGGACUCGGCCCACCCUGACGCCGCCUUCCAGCUCUCCCACGCUGCCAAGCAGCUCCGGCUGGCCAGCGCCGGGGACUCCCAGUACGCCGCCUUCGACCAGAACAUUGCGCCCAUGCACACCGACUUCUCUAGCUGAGUGGCAGCGUGAUCCAGGGGCAGAAUAAGACUUUGAAAUGAUCAGCUCCAAAAUCUGCUGCCAAGUUCGAGGACAGCCCCUCCAGUAUGGACUGAAACAACGUGGAAGUCAAGCAGAUGGCUGUAAAUAUAGUACUUGUGUGGCCUGUUUGUGAAUGUGCAAGACCAUGGUUUGUUUAACAGUGGCAUGUACAUAUUUUUCUACUGUUUAUAGUACCUUUCAUAACUACAAUCUCCAAAAAGCUUGGGGAUUUAUUAAUAAAAUUGCCAUUUGUUAUUACUGUUUUAAUGGAUACUGAGUAGCUGACAUUUCUAGGUUCAAUAAAUAAUCGGCAAUGGUACCAUCAAUGUAUUAAAAUAUAAAAUAAAAAGCUUGGUUUCGCUCA